GGCUCCGGUGAGGUGACAGCCGUCCGGGUCCUUCUCCGGAGGCGAAACCGAGGCUGGGAGCGCCCUGGGUGGGGCCUGCGGGCACCCCCAUCUUCCUGAUGGGAAAACAGUCCCGGAGGGCCAGGUGCGCUCCUCCCGGCAUGCCCCUGGAGGUAGCGAGUUCUCUUGCUGAGGCUGGAGGACCGCAGGCCCCGCCGGGCGCGGGAGGCUGGCGGCCAGCCCUAAGUGCAGAGGCCUAGCCCGCGAGCAUUUAUUGAGCGCCUGCUGUGUACACGCCCACCCGAGGCUCCCCGGCGCCUCACACAGAGGGCGUUCAAUACGAGCUGACCGCAGAUGAGGACAUUGAAGAUUCCAGUCAGUGACUUGCUCAAGGUCACCCAGGUACAGAGGCUGCUGUCAAGAUGGUGAAGCUGUUCAUCGGGAACCUGCCCCGCGAGGCGACGGAGCAGGAGAUCCGCUCCCUCUUCGAGCAGUACGGGAAGGUGCUCGAGUGCGACAUCAUCAAGAACUACGGCUUCGUGCACAUCGAGGACAAGACGGCGGCCGAGGACGCCAUCCGCAACCUGCACCACUACAAGCUGCACGGCGUCAACAUCAACGUGGAGGCCAGCAAGAACAAGAGCAAGGCCUCCACCAAGCUGCACGUGGGCAACAUCAGCCCCACGUGCACCAACCUGGAGCUGCGCGCCAAGUUCGAGGAGUACGGGCCCGUGAUCGAGUGUGACAUCGUCAAGGACUACGCCUUCGUGCACAUGGAGCGGGCCGAGGACGCCGUGGAGGCCAUCCGGGGCCUCGACAACACCGAGUUCCAAGGCAAAAGAAUGCACGUGCAGUUGUCCACCAGCCGGCUUCGGACUGCACCCGGGAUGGGAGACCAGAGUGGCUGCUAUCGGUGCGGGAAAGAGGGCCACUGGUCCAAAGAGUGUCCGGUGGAUCGGACGGGCCGCGUAGCAGACCUGACAGAGCAGUAUAAUGAGCAGUAUGGAGCUGUUCGUGCGCCCUAUACCAUGGGCUAUGGGGAGUCCGUGUAUUACAACAAUCCGUACGGAGCGCUCGACUAUUAUAAGCGUUACCGGGUGAGGUCAUAUGAGGCGGUGGCGGCAGCAGCGGCAGCCUCGGCAUACAACUAUGCAGAGCAGACCCUGUCACAGCUCCCACAAGUCCAGAGCCCAGCCAUGACCGGUCACCUCACCUCCACCUCUCUCAACCCCUAUGAUAGACACCUGUUGCCAACCUCAGGAGCUGCCGCUGCCACUGCAGCUGUGGCUGCUGCUGCUGCGGCCGCCACUGCAGCUACCACCUCCUAUUAUGGGCGGGACCGGAGCCCCCUGCGCCGAGCUGCAGCUGCAGUCCCUACUAUUGGAGAGGGCUACGGUUACGGGCAUGAGAACGAGCUGUCCCAGGCCUCGGCAGCCGCGCGGAAUUCUCUGUACGACGUGGCCCGGUACGAGCGGGACCAGUAUGCGGACCGGGCGCGGUACUCAGCCUUUUAAAGCUCGAGGUGAGAGUGGGGUGGGUAUGGCAGAAAGGUUCGAUUUAGUUGAGGUGAAAGGGACACCAGUGCUUUAGAGAAGAAAUCCAACUGCUUCCUGCUGGGAACAGCCUCUCAAAGGUAUAAAUGACACCUCAAACUCAUCUGUGUGGCUUAAGGUGGGUGGGUCACCAUGGCUGUAUAACAUUUCUUUUCUUUGAUUUUUAUUUCCUAUAACCAUCUUUUCUGAAAGGAAUUACUUUUUCCCCAAGGACAGAAACACUCCUGAUUGGGGGGGAGGAGGGAUCCUGAACCAAUUUCCAUUCAGCAGACUGGUAAAGCCAGGGACCACUUGGCAUAUAGCCGUGGGGCAGAAUCUUGAAUGGGGGUGGGGGUGGGGACCAAGUCCCAUAGUUAAAUUCACUGACCAACAGGAAAGGCCGAGUCCCAUCAUUUGGGGUGGGAAGACUUCCCUUCCAUACCCUUUGCUAAAAGCUGACUGUUCUAGGUCAGUCCUCACACUGGGCGGUCCCCUUACCAGAAAUCCAGAGUAUCUGGUUUUAUGUUGUUAAUUAACAGGUCCUGGACCUGGGUCUGUGAGGUCGUGGGGCACCACUGACUUCCACAGGAUCCUGGGCAGCCUAUCCCUUGCCCAACCUGGGCCACUUUGCCCAAGAAUUGGAUUCAAGCUUGAGUCUCAUGAGAUUUCCUUCUAGCUCAGCCUGAGACAUCCAGUUUAUUUCAAAUACUUCACUUGAGAGGAUAGAUUAUAAGGAGAGAUUGGUUCUUGGCCAAGUUUCCUGAGACACUCUUGCUGGAAAUUGAGAUUUUUCCUUGGGGUUGACUGAGAGCUUGGCUCUCCUGAGGCCGGCUCUCACGCGCUUUUUCUUGAAGAUGGCAGCAUUAGUGGGGACCUGCCACAGGCUGUGCAUGUCUUUGGUGGGGGAGCUGUCGGCUCCCCCAUUAUCUUGGUAGCAGCACCUUCUAAUUAGGCAUCCAUCCCUGAAGAAACAAGCACCAGGGGAGGAUCUAAACUGAGGGCAGGUUUUGAUUUUCUAGGCCUCCUCACUUAACCUUUGGGUAGAGGAAGGAGGAAGAAGAGAAGAUUAUAGGGAUUUGCCCUUUGAGUAGAGAAGUGAUGUCUCUGGCUUGUGGAGGAGAGCUGUUUUAUUAAUGCCUGUGGGAAAAGGAGGAGUAUUUGGGAACAGUCCGUAGAGUCUGUCACCUGCUGGCAUCAAGACCCCCACCCGAGCUCCUGGGUACCCUGGCAGCAGCUGUGCCAUCGGCUACCCCUUGUCUGGCAUUCCUUGUCGUAGGGUCUGCUGGGUAGGUAGGUAGCCUUUUGAAGUCACUUCUGUAGUGAUAACUUUAAAGAAACUUGCUUCCUGGGUAUGAACCUUGAAUGUACCGUGGUACCUGAUGGUAAUGAGGCUGCCAGGCUGGACUGCAGUCAGCUCCUUGGCCAGCAGGACCAAGCAAGGCUUGUAGAUGAGGAGCCUGGUAUGAAUUAACGGUGUUCCCGGCUUUUGCUGUCUAGAGUUACAGAAAAAUCAUAGAAUUAUAGGCAGUGAAUUACUGGAAUUUGGCAGAAAUAAAGGGAAGAACAGGAAGUAUGGGCUGUAAAUCUGAGAUGAACAAAUGACUCUCCUCACCAUCUGUGCCCAGUUUGUUCUUCACUUCUGAGAAACUUCUUGUCUUUCAGGCUAGAGUCAGCUGUGAGCAGUGGGAGUGACAGACAGUCCCCCCAGUGCAGCUGGUCGUGUGCCCACGUGUCAGCAUUUGGGCUUUGCUUGGAUCCUUGCAAGAACUCAGGUGUUUUGUGAUCUUUGUAGAGCCCCUGAGGCUGGGGUCCUAGGCCCCCCCCCCCCUCCCCUGCUCAUUAUACUUACCCCCAGCUCAGUGCUCCCUGGUCUGGAUCACUGUCUUGUGACAGGGAUCUGUGUAGGUCCUGAGGCUGAGCCCCAGGCUGCUACCGCAAGGCACAGCACCUACACCCUGGUGUGGGGUGUGGAAGGCAGAUUCCUGGGGACCUGUGGUAGAAGUGGGGCCCAGGACUGACUUUUGUUCUCUGUUUUCUCUCGACAAACAGGAUGGGAGCCAGGGCCUUAGCACUCGGAGCCCAGCCGUUCUCCGGACAGUGUAUAAGCCUCUUGUGUUGUGCUCUCUUUCAGGUAGGAUAUUUGCGGGCUGAACCCUCGGGCUGCGGUCGUAUGGGAGAACUUGCUUCGCUCGCGCGGUCCCCUUUGCCGGGAUGUUCCCGUUGCUUCAUGUUUCAGUAAACAAAGGAGUUUGUGACCAACUGUGGUUUUUUUUUCCCCUUAAUUUAAUUCUUCUAAGGUGGCUCUUUCUUCCCUGCUAACAAACCGUCUAUGUAACUUUUCAUUCAACGUUUCCUUCUUUCCUCAGCCUCUGAGCAGCCCGGGCUGUGGUAAGGACUCUGCUGGCCUUGCCCCUCCUGAGGGAACCUGGAGCCCUCCUCCCUCCCUGGCUUCUCCUAGGAGUUCAGCUCCUGUCCUUGGCCACCAGCAGCAGGACCUGCUGGCCCUUUACUGGGACUGUCUGGUGUCCAGUAGCCCAUUUGUUUUCAUUCUCCAGCCCAUCUGGACUGUGACACUGCAGCAGCUGACCUUCUGAGAGUGCUGGGUCCUGGGGGGCUGGGGGAGGGUGUGGGGGGGAGCUUUUUGGAUGACCUUUGAUCGUGGUGCCAGCAUGUGCUGGAGGCAACUCAUCCCUCCCCCCCUCCCCGGAACAAAUAAACAUUUCUAAUACUGAA